AUGGCGAACAACGUCGGCAAAGCCGACACUGGCAUCGAGGUCGACCAAGGCUAUAUUGCUCGGCCUACAAUGACUACAAAUCCUUCGGCAGCAGCUUCCGACCAGAUCGAAAAGGACGACGCCGCCUCUCUGUCCAAGAUUGGAUCUCAAGCCACCGGCACCGACUUUGGGUCGCCCGCACACCCACCUAUCACCGAUGCUGCUCUCCAGCAAGUUCGUUUACGACGUGCUUUGAGCGAGCGUACCAUUCAGAUGAUUGCCCUCGCAGGUACCAUCGGUACGGGUCUCUUCCUCGGCUCGGGCAAAGCGCUCGCCACAUCCGGUCCGCUCUCCAUCCUCAUCUCCUACUCGCUCGUUGGUGUCAUCGUCUACCUCACCAUGGUCGCCAUGGGCGAGAUGUCCACCUUCAUGCCCUCGUCGGGUGCCUUCAACCUCUUCACUACUAGAUACGUCUCAUCGGCAACCGGACUAGCACUCGCAUGGAACUAUGCUUUCAACGAUGCUAUCAGCGUCGCCUCUGAUUUGACAGCUUGUCAGAUCCUUCUCAAGUUCUGGACCGACUCGUUCCCGGGCUGGGCCCUGUCUCUCAUUCUCCUCGCCUUCCUUAUCGCUGUCAAUGUUAUCUCGGUGCGUGGCUACGCCGAGCUCGAGUAUAUUCUUUCUCUUCUCAAGAUCAGCACCAUCAUCGUCUUCAUCAUUGUUGGUAUUGUGGUCAAUGCCGGCGUCAACGACACAAACUCCUAUCUCGGUUUCAGGUACUGGACCAUCGGGGAUGCUCCCUUCGUGGGUGGAUUCGGAGGUUGGGUUUCAUCCUUUGUUACUGCCUCCUUUGCAUUUGGCGGAACUGAAUCGCUUUCUAUUACUGCCGGCGAGACACGCAAUCCCGCCAAGACAAUUCCAAAGACGAUCCGCAACGUCUUCUGGCGCAUCAUCAUCUUCUACGUCCUCGCCCUCUUUAUCAUCGGUAUCGACAUUCCUUACGACACGCCCGGUCUCAAGUCUAAGAAUGCAGCCGUGUCUCCCUUCACACUCGUCUUCAAGCAGCUCGGCUCACCCGGUGCCGCUAGCUUCAUGAACGCGGUCGUAAUGACCAGCGCCAUCUCGGCCGGAAACCAUGCCCUUUACGCCGGAACUAGAGUCCUGCAGAACAUGGCUGUCAAUGGCCAAGCUCCAAAGUUCCUCGCUACUGUUUCCAAGAGCAGUCGUGUGCCGUGGGUUGCCUUGUUGUGCACCGCGAGCGUCUCUGGUCUAUGCUUCGGGUCCAGCUACAUUGGCGCGGGCGAUCUCUGGAGCUGGUUGCAGAAUCUUGUUGGUGUCAGCAAUCAGAUCUCGUGGGCUUGCAUCGGUCUUUCCUCUAUCCGCUUCCACAAGGCCAUCGUCAAGCAAGGCAAGCAGUCGUCACUCGUCUACAAGAAUUGGACGCAGCCGUGGGGGCCGUAUGUGGUGGUCAUUGGUUCCGUCCUAAUGAUCCUCGUCCAGGGUUGGAGUUGCUUCAAGCCGUUCAGCGUCUCGGACUUCUUCUCGUACUACGUCGAAAUUGGCCUCUUUGCCGUCCUGUUUGUUGGGUGGAAGCUGUGGAAGAAGUCCAAGCUGAUCCCGAUCGAGGAGAUCGAUCUGUACACAGACACAGUGCAGUAUGAGAAGGACCUCAGGAGGAAGAGGAGGGAUCUGAUCCGAGAGGGUGCGGGAGAAAAGCUACCCGUGCUGCUCGAGGACGAAGAAGAGCAGGAGGAGGAGGACGCCGAAGAGGAACGCGAGGACGACGCAGAGCGCGCCGAGCAAGGCAGGAAGCAGCAGCUCAGAGCAUUUGCCAGCAGAGCAUCUCAAUAUUUGUGCUUCUGA